AUGGCCAACGACCCGUCCAAGGAGCAGAAGGUCGACGACUCGGCCACUGCCAUCCUCCGCCCGAAGAAGUCUCCCAACCGCUUGAUUGUCGAUGAGAGCACCUCGGACGACAACUCGGUUGCGCAGCUCAACCCGGCGACGAUGGAGACCCUCCAGCUCUUCCGGGGCGACACCAUCAUCGUCCGCGGCAAGAAGCGCAAGGACACCGUCUUGAUCGUUCUGUCGUCGGAGGAUGUUGACGAGGGCAAGAUUCAGCUGAACAAGGUCGCGCGCAACAACUUGCGCGUCAAGCUCGGCGACCUUUGCACCGUCCACGCCUGCCACGACAUCAAGUACGGCAAGCGCAUCCACGUCCUCCCCUUCGACGACUCGAUCGAGGGUCUCUCGGGCGACAUCUUCAACGUCUUCCUCAAGCCCUACUUCCUCGAGGCGUACCGCCCCGUUCGCAAGGGCGACAUCUUCCUCGCCAAGGGCGCGUCGCGAAGCGUCGAGUUCAAGGUCGUCGAGACGGACCCGGCCGAGUACUGCAUCGUCGCGCAGGACACGGUCAUCCACACCGAGGGCGAGCCGAUCAAGCGCGAGGACGAGGAGAACAACCUCUCCGAGGUCGGCUACGACGACAUCGGUGGCUGCCGCAAGCAGCUCGCCCAGAUCCGCGAGCUCGUCGAACUCCCCCUCCGUCACCCCCAGCUCUUCAAGUCGAUCGGUAUCAAGCCUCCUCGCGGCAUCCUCAUGUACGGCCCGCCCGGUACCGGAAAGACGCUCAUGGCUCGCGCCGUCGCCAACGAGACCGGCGCCUUCUUCUUCCUCAUCAACGGUCCCGAGAUCAUGUCGAAGAUGGCUGGCGAGUCCGAGUCGAACCUCCGCAAGGCGUUCGAGGAGGCGGAGAAGAACGCUCCCGCCAUCAUCUUCAUUGACGAGAUUGACUCUAUCGCGCCCAAGCGUGAGAAGACCAACGGAGAGGUCGAGCGCCGUGUCGUCUCGCAGCUCCUUACCCUGAUGGACGGCAUGAAGGCUCGCUCGAACAUCGUCGUCAUGGCCGCGACCAACCGCCCGAACUCGAUCGACCCUGCACUCCGUCGCUUCGGCCGCUUCGACCGCGAGGUCGACAUCGGCAUCCCCGACGCGACCGGCCGCCUCGAGACCCUCCGCAUCCACAGCAAGAACAUGAAGCUCGCCGACGACGUCGACCUCGAGAAGAUCGCUGCCGACACCCACGGCUACGUCGGUGCCGACAUUGCGUCGCUGUGCUCCGAGGCGGCGAUGCAGCAGAUCCGCGAGAAGAUGGAUCUGAUCGACUUGGAGGAAGACACCAUCGACGCCGAGGUCCUCGACUCGCUCGGCGUGACGAUGGACAACUUCCGUUUCGCGCUCGGCACCUCGAACCCGUCCGCCCUCCGCGAGACGGUUGUCGAGAUCCCGACGGUUACCUGGGACGACAUCGGCGGUCUCGACAAGGUCAAGAUCGAGCUGCAGGAGACGGUUCAGUACCCGGUCGAGCACCCGGAGAAGUUCCUCAAGUACGGCAUGUCGCCCUCGAAGGGUGUUCUCUUCUACGGCCCGCCCGGUACGGGUAAGACGCUCCUCGCCAAGGCCAUCGCGCACGAGUGCCAGGCCAACUUCAUCUCGAUCAAGGGUCCCGAGCUCCUCACGAUGUGGUUCGGUGAGUCCGAGGCCAACGUCCGCGACGUCUUCGACAAGGCUCGCGCGGCGGCACCCGUGGUCAUGUUCUUCGACGAGCUCGACUCGAUCGCGAAGGCGCGUGGUAGUGGACCGGGCGGCGACGGCGGCGGUGCGGGCGACCGUGUCCUCAACCAGAUCCUCACGGAGAUGGACGGCAUGAACGCGAAGAAGAACGUCUUUGUCAUCGGCGCGACCAACCGUCCCGACCAGAUCGACCCCGCCCUCCUCCGUCCCGGCCGUCUCGACCAGCUCAUCUACAUCCCCCUUCCCGACGAGCCGUCGCGCACGUCCAUCCUCAAGGCUGCGCUCAAGCGCUCGCCCAUCGCCGCCGACGUCGACCUCGGCUUCAUCGCCAAGAACACGCACGGCUUCUCGGGUGCCGACUUGACCGAGGUCUGCCAGCGCGCCGCCAAGCUCGCCAUCCGCGCCUCGAUCGAGGCCGACAUGCAGAAGGACCGCGAGCGCAAGGCCAAGAUCGAGGAGCUCGGCGAGGAGGCCGUCGUCAAGCAGGAGGAGGAGCAGAUGGACGCCGACGACGAGGCGGGCGAGGACCCGGUGCCGUACAUCACGCGCGAGCACUUUGAGGAGGCCAUGCGCUUCGCUCGCCGCUCCGUCAGCGAUCAAGACAUCAGGAGGUACGAGUUGUUUGCGCAGAACCUGCAGCAGUCGAGGUCGUUUGGCUCGAGCUUCAAGUUCCCCGAAGGCGGCGCCGCGGGCGAGGCUGGCGCAGGCGCGACGGGCGGUGCGGCGUUCGGCGCCGAGCAGGAGGAGGACGACCUCUACUCAUAG